UUCGCUCUUCAAGACACCUGUAUCUACAGGGCUCGUGGGGCACACUUGACCGACUGACAGGCUUUCGGCACAAGCUCGCUCAGGUGUUUGCUGCAGCACCGAGCUGGCGAGCCAGCGCGCCUCCUGGUAUCGCCCGCUCGAGCAGCUGCAUACAGCGGCUUCCACACAGUCACAAGCACAGCACAGGGCGCUGUAAAUAGCCACCUCCCCAGGCCUGCCCCGUUGCCCUCACACUCACACACCCCCCACUUCCACAGGGACUCCCAGACACACCCAGGAUACACAGGAACUGACCCCAGUAACAACACGCUGGAUGGAAAGGGACCUCCGGGGUCAUUGAGAUCCAGCCCCUGCUGCCACAGACGCCCACCUCCUACAACCCCUCUGACCAAAUGAUCUGCUUCAUCUUAAAAGCUUCCGGCCCUCGUGGCUCCCAUCAGAAGGCUGUAUUAGGACCUGGCUUCUCUGAUGGCACACAUACUUCCCUGUCUCUGCUAGGCUGAGGCAUUGCACAACCGCGUGUGCCACUUCCGAGGCUGCAGCACAUCGGUGCUCCUCAGCCAUCCUGUGACCGACUGAUACUUCCAGGCCUUCCCACCUGCUGAGCUCCCUGUUCACAGCAGGCCCCACAUGCCCACCCUUGUACUUGGGGCUAUUGGGUUUCAUCCCAUUUCUAUCCAGGCAGUUCGCAAGGUCGCCCCGUCCUUUCUGGUGGAGUGUCAGUACUGAUGAUGCCUCCUAGCUCCGUGUCAGCGGCUAAUUUCAUCAGCACUUUUGGGGGCCGAGGUGUUCCUAGAUGCUGUGAAACAAGACCAAACCUUGAGGAGCCCCACGAGUAACUUCCAUCCAGCCCGAUGCUCUUCCCUUCAGCAGAACCCACAGGGCGCUCGGAGGGGAGGUUGCCUUCACCCUUCACAGUGUCUUUAUGGAGAGCAUCCUGGCACUGAGCACAGAUGAGCAGACUGCCAAGUGGAUACCCCUGGCCGAGAACUACUGCAUUCUAGGAAGCUACGCUCAGACAGAGCUGGGACACGGGACUUACAUUCGGGGUUUUGAGACAACAGCGACUUUCAACAUUUCCACCCAGGAGUUUGUCCUGAACACGCCGAAGAUCUCUGCGAUGAAGUGGUGGCCUGGAGAGUUGGGCAGAUCAGCAACCCACGCCGUGGUAUUUGCCCAGCUGUACAUUAAAGGGAAGUGCUAUGGCGUGCAUCCUUUCAUCGUCCAGAUCCGCAGCCUCCACGACCAUUCGCCUGCACCAGGAGUAACUGUUGGAGACAUUGGCCCCAAAAUGGAGUUCAACCACAUUGACAACGGCUAUCUGCUACUGCGAGACGUUCGGGUUCCUAGGGAAAACAUGCUGAGCCGGUUCUGUGAGGUCCUAGCAGAUGGCACAUACGUGAAGCGAGGCUCUGAGAAGAUUAACUACUUUAACAUGAUCAUAAUACGUGUUAAGAUGCUUUCCAAUGAAGUUGUGCCCACACUGAUGAAGGCAUGCACCAUCGCCAUCAGAUAUUCUGUGGUUCGCCGGCAGUGUGAGCUGAAGCCUGGUGACCAAGAGGCAAAAAUCUUGGACUAUCAGACACAGCAACAGAAGCUACUACCUAUGCUGGCAACAGCCUACGCCUUCCACUUCAUGAAUCAAUAUAUGAAUGAACUCUUCAGCAAAGGAUACAGAGAAAUCAAGCAGAGAAACUUUGAUUCACUGCCUGAGCUUCAUGCAUUUUCCUCAGGCCUCAAAGCCAUUUAUACUGAGCACUGCACUGCGGGAGUGGAGACCUGUCGCAAGGCAUGCGGCGGACACGGUUACUCUCUGCUGAGUGGACUCCCCUCCUUGUAUACUAGACUAGCAGCUUCUUGUACAUACGAAGGGGAAAACACGGUUCUGCUCCUGCAGACAGCCAGGUUCCUGGUGAAGUGCCUGGGGGCAGCUCACUCCGGCCAGCCUGUCCCUCCAUCUGUUGCCUAUUUGUCUGCAGCGAACUCUGAGAGGUGUCUGGUCAGGGACAAGAGGGACUUUCUCCAACCAGAUGUUUAUGUCGAAGCCUAUCGGCACGUCGCCAUCAGGGUCCUCAGCAGUGCAGCGGCCAAGCUGCAGGCGCUGGUUCAGUCUGGAGCAGAGCAGCAUGAGGCAUGGCACCAGUGCACAGUGCAGCUGGUACAUGCUGCAAAGGCUCACUGCCACUACCACGUUGUGAAAAGCUUUGCAGAAGCAGUCGAGAAACUUGGACAGGAGGCUGGAAUCCAAAGAAUGAUAAAACAUCUCUGUGGGCUCUUUGCAUUACACGGCAUCUUCUCAAACACGGGUGAUUUCCUGCAUGAUGGCUACAUAUCUGGGGACCAAGUGGACAUGAUGACUGCAUCCUACUUGGAUCUACUUGCUAUUGUACGGAAAGAUGCUGUCCCACUAGUGGAUGCUUUCGACUUCACGGAUGAGACCUUGAACUCUGCGCUGGGCAGCUACGAUGGACAGGUCUACCGACGGCUCUACCAGUGGGCUCAGAGGUCACCAUCCAACACAAAGCAGCCAAACCAAGCCUAUGAAAAUUAUCUGAAGCCACUUUUUCAGAAUGGUCUGUCCAAACUGUGAAGAUCAUCAAUUACUCGGCACAGACAGCAUCUUCUUCUGGUCUUUCUUGUAUGGUGGAAGAUUGCACUAGCAAGAGCAGUAACAGACCACUCACUUCUACUUGCUGCAAGUAUCAGACAGAUUUUUUUUAGCUACUUGCUUGCAUCUAAGAAAGGGACACCUCUUCCAGCUGUGUCUAUUAUUAGGUGGAAUUCCAUUACAAUCCUGGUCUUUUUUUGUGUCUUCAAUAGGGUUAGAGGUUGAAAUAUUUAGCACUCUUGUUCCGUUAGUAUAUUCAGGUUUAAAGAAUUUAUUCGCUUAAGAUGCUGGCUGACCAUUAUUUUGUUUAGCCCUAAGAUGCCAUGUACAGAAUUAAGGAACUGAACUUUGCAAAACACCAAAGGUUUCUAAAGCCAGCUUGCUUGAUAGACAUGAAAGGAUCCUCUUGAACAUAAGGGUUUUUUUUCCAAUAGGGAAUAGAGCCUCUUAUGCUUUGUACAGCUCCAAGUUUAAACAAUCCAUCCAAAUUCACGUGCACUAGGUGCUAGCUUCAGCUUGGGGGAUUCACUUUACUAUGGUGCAAGCUGCCAAUACUCUUUUUCUGUGAAGCUGAGGGUUUCAAUAGGAUGUGUACCAUUUGGAAUACUGUUUGUUAAAUUAUCCUCCAUAAUUGCAGGAAGAACAGACAUUUUUCUACUAACAACAGAAGUAACAGUAACAGUAUCUUCUCAGGGUUUCAGAUUCCUGCCCAGCAACAGACAAACAAGCAGGCUUCCUGAGCUGCCUCCACUUAACUGAGUAAUAUUUUUUUUUUGAAAUAAAGCACUUAACAGCAAUAAACAAAACAAAAGGGGCUGGAAGUAAGAGGGGGGGAUACAACAAAGGAAAAGUGACACCCAAGUUCUCCAGUGCCAGAGAAGUGCAAACCAACUGAAUGAGCCAAGAUGAAGUGCCGCCAGCUCCUGGAACUCUACGCUGGAGGAAACAGCGGCUAAGAGCGAAGGCCCAGGCUGUUUCUGAACAUCUCCAGGAAACUGGGGUCCAGGCUAGCCAGAUGGCAAAGCAACUGAACCAGCUGCAGAGGGAGGUCAUACACAACGAGAAGGGUGUGCAUCACUUAAGGCAGAAACAUUGACCUAGAAAGAGGAGUGUGUAUACAGCUGCACUGGUCUGGUCCCUCAAAGCAUAGAUCCAAGUGGCAAUUCUACCAUCUUCUAACUUUAACCGAUUCUCAUAGAAGGACUCUGUAGUCUACGAUAUGAGAAGCUCCACAGAAUGCACAGGAGAGGCGGACGCAGUUCUGUGAGACUGCCCGGGAAGAACGCUGAGCUAGUCCUUUGACUACAACGGUAGCAGCAGCUGUCCCAGCAGGGGAACCGAAGUGCUGACACGUACUGGAAUUAAUUUGAUGAACAUAUCAAAUUUUGAUCACAUCCCUUUCGGAGUUAUAAGGAUUCAGCUCCUAGGCACACCAUGGACAGCCAACCUGCUGACCAGCUUCAGUGCUUUUCAACUGCCCAUUAUUUUAAACACAAACUCUCCCCUUUAAUUUCUAGUAUUAAAAUUAUCUGUUGCAACAGCACAAGAUCUUGUAACUUGAAUUUUAGAAGUGAGCUGUUUUCACGAUACUCCAGAAACAUGGUAUUGAGGGUAGCAGACUGGCAGCUUCACUUCCAUCCACUGAUACAUUUUAUUUUCUGUUUUCCUAGAAUAAUAAAUUACAAA